GUGAAUUGAUUUGGUCUAUCUCCCCGAGAAAACUCUUCUAUUCAUAAAGACACAGUACAGAUUCGUUGCUAUCCGGCAUAAAGAAAAAUUUUGACUGGAACUAGCUGUUCAGGGAUGGACUGGUUCUCGGGAAUCCUCAUCUUUUUUGUUACAUGUUUGGUUGUUCAAUUUGUGCGAUUAUUUUUAUCUGACUCUGACCUACAACUGCAAUGGGCAGAAAUAUUUGGAAAUUCAACAGGUACGUUGAAGGGUAAAGUUGUUUGGAUAACGGGGGCAUCCAGUGGUAUAGGAGAGUCGCUAGCUUACAGGUUAGCCGCUGAUGGGUGCCGGCUUGUGCUGUCAGCCAGAAGAGAGGGAAGACUGCAGCAAAUUAAACAGACCAUCAUAGAUGGUGGAUAUUCUACACAGGAGGAUAUUCUAAUUGUCCCAAUAGAUUUGCUUCAAUUCAGCUCUCAUCCAAGUACAGUGCAGAGAGUGUUGCAACAUUUUGAGAAGAUUGAUAUUCUAGUUAACAAUGCUGGAAGAUCUCAAAGGUCUCUCAUAGAAAAAUGUCCUAUGGAAGUGGAUCGAGAAGUCUUGGAGAUAAACACACUUAGUCCACUAUCCCUGACCAAAGCUGUUCUUCCCCAUUUCAUAGAGAGGAAGGCAGGCCAUGUUGUUUACACUAGCAGUGUUGCUGGAAAAAUUGGGUCACCAGGGUUAGGAUCCUAUGCCUGCUCCAAGCAUGCCAUGCAGGGCUGGCUUGAUUCUCUGAGGAUAGAGAUGUAUACCCACAACAUACAUGUGACGUCUGUGUGUCCUGGUCCAGUGUUCUCAGAGGCUCUGGUCCACGCUUUCACAGAUAGUGCAGAUCAAUCUUUGGGGGUCAUUAUGGAUCCCAGUGAGAGGAGAAUGACAUCUGAGAGAUGCGCCUCUCUGAUAGCUGUUGCUAUAGCAAACAGACUGGAUGAAGUAUGGGUAUCACCCCAUCCAGAGCUACUGUAUUUAUACCUCUUUCAAUACUUUCCAUCAAUCGCCAAAAGAAUUGCCAAUAUAUUUGGACAAGACAGAGUUUCUAAAGUACGAAGAGGAAUUAAAUCUUUACAUAAAACUUCAUAAACUUAAAUGUUUAUUAAUAAUGCAUGUUUGCAAAACAUUUUGAUUUCACAAAAUUUUAAUAAAACAAAAUACAAAUAU